AUGUCGAUAGCUUUGUCGGCGAAGAACAAGUUGAUCUUUAUCAAUUCGAAUUCUCAGCCUAGUGUCACUGAUCUUAAGUAUAGUCAAUGGAGGAGGUGCAUUGAUAUGGUCACAUCAUGGAUUUUGAAUGUCUUGUCCCAAGACAUAGCUGAAAGUGUUCUUUAUUCGGAUUCAACUCAUGAUAUCUGGAAAGAACUUGAAGAUCGUUAUGGUCAAGCAAGUGGUGCCAAGCUUUUUCAAUUGGAGAAGGAUAUUCGUCUAUCAGGCCAAGAUACAAAUGAUGUUGCUGGAUAUUUUACUAAAUUGAAGAAAAAUUGGGAUGAAUUAAACACCUUGUCCUCUCUGCCUAUUUGUUCUUGCGGUGCUGCACAAGCCAUCCAAAAGUUUAAUGAAGAUCAACGCCUUAUUCAAUUUCUCAUGGGACUCAAUAGUGAUUACAGGAUAAAAUAUGGCAUCUUUACACUUGAUGAUUUUCCACUUUCACUAGGAUGCAUAAAAACCUAUAUUCAUAUAUAG